UGUGAUCUCAGUUCACAGCUGCAGUACUUAGCUCUCACCACUGACUUUACUGAAACAGGUGGGGAGGACAGGAUCCCAGUCUAGAGCUCAGAGCGGCUCCCCCUCCCUCUCUCACUCUCUCCCUCUCUCCCUCUCGGAGUCUCAGCACUUGUACAUGUGCUGGACCUGCACACUGCUGCUGCUGCUCCCACUCUCUGUACCGUGCAGAGCUCUCCUCACCUCCACUGCACAUCUCACUCAGGGAAGCCGUGCUCCAGCACAUGAAGACAGAAAGCAGGUUCAAAGAAAUGGGAUUGUACUGAAAGACUUUUUUGUUGGUGGUGGAAGAGGAGGAGAAGGAGGAGGUAUGAAAUGGCUUUGAAUUAAAUUGCAUCCUUCAUGCUGGAUAUCAGAACUCUUGUCUUUCAUUGCUUGUUGGAACGGCAUUCUGAAGCACCAUGGAUAACACCUAUUCCCUGACUGCUCACUACGAUGAGUUCCAAGAGGUGAAGUACGUGAGCAAGUACACCAGUGGCAGCACCCUGAGCAACGGGCUGAACCUGCACCUGGCCAGCAGGAAGCAGCCCGGGAGCACCCUACCACGCUGGAGCAAGCGGGAGAUCUGCCUCAUGUCCGCCCUGGUCUUCGCCGCCGGGCUGUGCGUCAUCCUGGGCAGCAUGCUGGUGCUGAAGUACCUGUCUCUGGAUCCAGAGAGCCACUGCCUGGAAGACUGCCAGAAGAAAAAGGCCUUCCUCAGGGCCUCUCGCUUCAUCUCGGGAAACAUCGACCCCACCAUCGACCCUUGCACAGACUUCUACUCCUUCGCCUGCGGGGGCUGGCUGCGGCGCCACGGCAUCCCUGAGGACAAGCUGAGCUACGGGAUCAUCAGUGCCAUCGGGGAGCAGAAUGAGGAGAAGCUGCAGAGCCUCCUGCUGCGUCCGGUGCGACGCAAGGAUAGGGGCUCAGCCGAGAGGAAGGUCAAGGAGUUCUACCGCUCCUGCGUGGACAUGCGGGAGAUCGACCGGCUUGGGGCCCAGCCCAUGAUGGACGUGAUUGAGAGCUGUGGGGGUUGGGACCUGGCGGGGGACUUCAAUGAGCUGCUCUACAGGACCCAGGGGGUCUACAGCACCGCCGUGUUCUUCUCUCUGACUGUCAGCGUGGAUGAUAAGAACUCCUCCAGGAACGCCAUCAGGAUUGACCAGGAAGGGCUCACCUUACCAGAAAGAACCCUCUACCUGGGGCAGGAUGAAGACAGUAUCAAGAUUUUGGCUGCCUACAGGACGCUGAUGGAGAGGCUGGUGAGUCUGUUGGGAGCUGAAAACGCCACGCAAAAAUCUGAGGAGAUCCUGCUGCUGGAGACGCGACUGGCCAAUAUAACUAUUUCAGAGUUUGAUGAACAAAGAAGAGAUAUCAGCACCAUGUACAACAGAAUUACCCUGAGGCAAUUACAGAGGAUAGCGCCAAGCCUACACUGGAAACGUUUGCUGGACAGGAUAUUCCACGACAACUUGUCAGAAGACGAGGAGAUCGUCGUGCUUGCCACAGAUUAUAUGCAGAAAGUGUCUGACAUCAUCAAGACCACCCCGAAAAGAGUUCUGCACAACUACAUGCUGUGGCGCAUCGUGGCUGCGCUGAGCGAGCACCUGUCCACGCCAUUCCGCAACACCAUCCACGAGUUCUCCCACGAGAUCGAGGGCACGGAGCAGCAGCUGGAGCUGGGCCGCAUGUGUCUGAACCAGGCCAACAAGCACUUCGGCAUGGCGCUGGGGGCCCUCUUUGUUGAGGAGUACUUCUCCUCUGCCAGCAAGGCCAAGGUGCAGCAGCUGGUGGAGCAUAUCAAACACUCUCUGGACCGGCGGCUGCAGGAGCUCGACUGGAUGGACGAGGUGACCAAAGAGGCAGCCAGGGCCAAGCUGCGCCUUAUGAUGGUGAUGAUUGGUUACCCAGACUACCUGCUGAAGCCAGAAGCCAUCAAUGCAGAAUACGGGUUUGAAGUGAGUGAGAAGACGUACUUCAAGAAUGUGCUGAACAGCAUCAAGUUCAACAUCAAGCUCUCUGUGAAGAAGAUACACCAGGAGGUGGACAAAACAGUAUGGCUCCUGCCCCCCCAGGCCCUCAAUGCAUACUACCUGCCCAAUAAGAAUCAAAUGGUUUUCCCAGCUGGAAUACUGCAGCCCACCCUUUACGACCCAGAAUUUCCUCAGUCGUUAAACUAUGGCGGGAUUGGUGCUAUCAUUGGGCACGAGCUGACGCACGGCUAUGAUGACUGGGGUGGACAGUACGAUCGCUAUGGCAACCUGAAGCAGUGGUGGACAGACGAGUCCUACUAUAAAUUCCAGAAGAAGGCUCAAUGCAUCGUGCGGCUGUACGACAACUUCACCGUCUAUAACCAAAGGGUCAAUGGCAAACUCACUCUCGGGGAGAACAUUGCAGAUAUGGGAGGCCUCAAACUAUCCUAUUAUGCCUAUCAGAAGUGGAUCCGAGAGCAUGGCCCAGAGCAGCCUCUCCCAGGCCUCAGAUACACUCACGAGCAGCUGCUGUUCAUCGCGUUUGCCCAGAACUGGUGCAUGAAGAGGCGAUCGCAGUCCACCUACCUGCAGCUCCUCACAGACAAGCAUGCCCCGGAGCAUUACAGGGUGAUCGGCAGCGUUUCCCAGUUUGACGAGUUUGGCAGAGUGUUCCAUUGUCCCAGGGCAUCUCCGAUGCAUCCCGUCCACAAGUGUUCAGUGUGGUGACCGAGCCCGGGGUCAGAACCCCGCUCCGACUUUGUGCCCCAUUUAUUUAUUUUCUAUUUGCUCAUUUUUGUUCCUUGUUUCCUUUUUGGAUGUUAUUUUUAUAUAUUGUAUACUGUGUGUUUAUGUUUGUGAUGAUGUACAUUAUAAUAACUGUUUUUUGUUUGUUCGUCUUAACAAAGCAAUUUCUGCACACUGCUUUGUGAGUUUGGAAGGGAGGGCUGACUAUUUGCUUCUAGUGCAAGACGUAUUUUAGCAGAGUUUCUACACUGAAAAAAAUGGAAUAAAACCCUCCUGUCUGCAGUGCAUCACUGAAAAGAAAGGCUGCAGGGCAGGGGUUCGAACGGGACUUUGAGAGGGCAUUGCUGCAAAGCUAUCAAUCAACAGUCCAGCAGGGAACGCUGGCACGCAGGGUUUCAAUACUGAAUGGAAUCUGUAAAAUAAAGUGAGAUGUUUUUGUAUUUUGUUAUCGUUGUUCAGUGUCCUGAAGCACUCCCUGUGGAACGAUGUAACUACAUACUGUCACUAAUGAUUGUGCUUUUUCACUGUUCACACUGUGUGCACAUUUUAUUAAUCGCUUUUCAACCUGAAAUGUCUAGAAAGUUAAAAUAUAAAUACAAAUCCAGAUGUAUUCAUUCA